GGGGGAGUAGUGCUUCUAGAAACAAAAUGAAAUAUGUUUCUAGAUUUAAAAAGGAAUGUUAUUUAUAGUUUAUGAAAAUUUACUUAAAAAGUACAACCAAAAAUAUAUUGUCUGUCAUUUUCCAUUAUUCAAUAGAUAUUCUUCUCUCUAUUGACUCUUUCAACGCUUCCCCACCCUAAAAACCCCAUACGAUGACUGAAGCCGCCACCGUCUCAUCCAUCCCGCUGGUAACCAUUACCGACGGUGAAUUUCGGGAUGGCUCCUUCCAGACGGAUCCGUUGUUACAGUCCGAAACCUACAUCGACGCUGAACCGAACAACGAUGUACUGCCAAAUGAAGAAAAUGGGGCCAAUCUGACUCCGGUGCUGGCGGGGACUACUCUGGAGAUGCAGAGGACCGCGUUGGCGGCUGAGAUGCUUAUGCCGGUGCAUCAGGUGAAUGUUGAGAGGCCAAGCUUAUUGUCGGGGGAGUGGAAGUUUGAAACACAAAUCUGCCAUGUUGAUAGGCCAUCUGAGACUCCGCAAAGCAAAAAACAGAAGAGUGGCUCAAAAACAAAGAAGGCUACUCCUUUCCACUUCGACUCUGCCAAUCCGCCAGAGAGUGUGAGCUGGGUUAUGACUGAUUCUAAUGAAGAUACGUGGAAACCUUUUGUUGAUGGCAGCAUGGUUCUUGAAACCCAG